GCGAGGAUGCAUCGCCAGUUGGAUUUGCGCGCGCUGACGCGCUGCAGGUAGACGAAGAAAAACAAGUGUUUUCAUACGUACGCGUAACAGUGCGUGGCUGCAGAGAAGAAAACAUAGAUAUUCGAUAUAGGGGACCGACGAGUGAAAAUGGUGUCGUCGGCGAGCGAGAAGGAGAUGGAGGCGGCCCCCGAGAAGAAACGUGGGCUUAGCCAUUACGCUUUUCACUUGCCGAGACCGCUGAAUAUCGAGGAGAAGAAGUACCUGCUGUCGGUCGAGAGAGGCGACUUGCCUAACGUCAGGAGGAUACUGCAGGCGGCUAGGAAACCGAUCAACAAAUCCAUCGACGUAAACUGCGUGGACAGCCUGGGCCGCGGGGCUCUGACACUGGCGAUCGAGGCGGAGAAUUUGGAGAUGCUGGAACUGCUGAUCGUCAUGGGGGUCGAGACGAAGGACGCGCUCCUGCACGCUAUCAAUCAAGAAUUCGUCGAAGCCGUCGAGCUGCUGCUCGAGCACGAGGAACUCUUGCGAAACAUCGAGAUCGAGGCGGCAGGUGGCAACUGCAAAGCCGAGAUAGUGCACAGCUGGCAGAAGGUCGACCCGUCGCUGGCCCGCUACGCGCCGGACAUGACACCGCUGAUCCUCGCGGCUCAGAAGAACAACUACGAGAUCCUGAAGCUUCUGCUCGACCGGGGAGCUACUCUCCCGAUGCCCCACGACAUCAAGUGCAGCUGCGACGACUGCGUGCGCGCGGCAACAGGCGAUCCUCUGAGGCUCUCGAGCACGAGGAUAGCCGAGUACCGGGCACUGGCCAGUCCAAGUUUAAUAGCCCUGAGCUCGCCCGAUCCCCUGAUGACGGCCUUCCAAUUGAGCUGGGAACUGAGGGGGCUCGCCCUCGCCGAGCCCGAGAGCUGCGCCGAGUAUCUACGGCUACGCAAGCAGGUGGAAAAAUUCGCAGUGGACCUCCUGCAGCAAACUCGCAGCUCGUCCGAGCUGAACACCAUCCUGAACUACGACCCCGACGAUCACUCGGCAGAGCCGACUAAACAGCUCGCGAGACUCGAACAGGCCAUUCGUUACAGGCAGAAAAAGUUCGUCGCACACCCACACGUCCAGCAACUCCUGGCGGCUAUAUGGUACGAAGGUGUGCCCGGCUUCCGCAGGAUGGGCGCAAUCCAGAGAGCCUGGAUCAUAGUUAAAACAGCCCUGCUCUUCCCGUUCUACUGCACCAUUUACUUUUUCACGCCCAACACGUCGACAGGACAUACGAUGCGCCGGCCCUUCAUGAAGUUUCUCGUACACGCGUCGUCCUACCUCUUCUUCCUACUGGUAUUGAUCCUGGUGUCCCAGCGUUUCGAGGAGGAGCUUCUCAGCUGGUUCGGCACUGAUUACGACCGGCAACAGCUCGAGGAAGGCUUCUCCAAGCAAAGAGGCCUGGGCCCCUCCUUCCUCGAGUGCAUCGUCGUCAUCUACGUGCUCGGCUUCAUUCUGGAAGAGACGCGAGAGGUCUACGUAGACGGUCUACGAGCCUACCUGCGCGAUCUCUGGAACUUCAUCGACUUCACGCGCAACGCGCUGUACGUAGCGACGGUCAUCCUCAGAGUGGCCGCCUACAUUCAGCAGUCGGCGGAGAUCAAUCAGGACAGCGCUGCCGCUACGAUCCCCCGCGAGCGUUGGCCCGACUUCGAUCCGCAGCUCAUCGCCGAGGGCCUAUUCGCAGCGGCGAAUAUCUUCAGUGCGCUGAAGCUCGUGCAUCUCUUCAGCAUCAACCCGCACCUCGGUCCGCUGCAGAUCUCCCUCGGGCGCAUGGUCAUCGACAUAGUCAAGUUCUUCUUCAUCUACACGCUGGUGCUGUUCGCGUUCGCCUGCGGUCUGAAUCAAUUGCUCUGGUACUUUGCCGAAUUGGAGAGGAAAAAGUGCUACAGCGAUAUCGACGAGCCCACUUGGGAUUCGGCGAGCGACUCUUGCAUCAGGUGGCGGAGGUUCAGCAGUUUGUUCGAGACUUGCCAGAGCUUGUUCUGGGCGAGCUUCGGGGGCGUAGGCAUCGACAGUUUCGAAUUGACUGGCAUCAAGAGUUACACGCGAUUCUGGGGCCUGUUGAUGUUCGGCUCGUACUCCGUGAUAAACGUGAUCGUCCUCUUAAAUCUCCUGAUCGCCAUGAUGAGCAACAGCUACGCCAUAAUCGAGGAACACGCCGACACCGAGUGGAAAUUCGCCAGGACGAAGCUCUGGAUGAGCUAUUUCGAGGAGGGCAACACACUGCCACCGCCGUUCAAUAUUUUACCUCAUCCAAAGCUUCUGAUGAGGUGUUGCGGUGUGCAGCGCAAGAGCAUGAGCAAACGCAGCAGCAUUCGAAGACGCGCCCGAGAGCACAAGUACGGCUCGGUGAUGAAGGCUUUGAUCUGGCGGUACGUCGUUAACGCUCAUUCAGAGCACGAGAUGGAACCCGUGACCGAGGACGACAUUCACGAGCUCAAGUCCGAUUUCUCCUCUUGGCGCUGCGAGCUUCUCGAAAUUCUCAAGAGGAACGGAAUGGACACCGGUGGCGCCGACACUUCCAACAGUACCGUCCUCGGCAAGAAGAUGCGAGUCUGGGAGCGAAGGCUGAUGAAGGACUUCCAAGUGGCAUCUCUAGCCGACGACCCUAUCGAGGAGAUGCAGCACCUCGAGAACCCGCCGGAGAACGAGGAGAUAGCAGCCAAGUGGCGCAGAAUCGCCCGGCUGGCAGUCCUGAAAUCCGCCGAGCACCGCUGGACACAAGUGAUCGACAACACCGUGACCAAGUCGCAGAUCGGCAGAAGCAACAACCGAGUGUCUCUGAGGAACCAGGCGAACCUCAAGCGAGUCAUGGAAGAGGCCAGGAGACUGUCGCUGACGAGUCCACCGCCUCCUUUGACUCCGAUUAAAUUGCCCGACACGAUCAAUCCGACCAAUAUACUGAGGGUCUUGAAAGAUGACGAUGACUUUAACCAUUUCCCAAUGGACGUGUCGCCCGCUAUCAGCAUGACGAUGGCGAUGACUCAGGAGCCUGCUUCGCUGACGGACAAUGUUAGAACAAAGAACGAUUCCUCGGCGCUGAACUACGUGAACGAGCGGUACCAGGGCCGAUCAGCUUCGCCGCGGCCUCUUGCACCCAUACGCACGUCGCCCCCGCGCGUCGUCAAGCGUAAGCCGCAAGCUCCUCCACCGGGCCAUGCACUACCCAGAAGUCCUGCCAGCAACAUCCUCAGCGUUGAUAACCUCGUGGUACCGGGCGACGGUAGCAGCAGCAACGUCGUGAGGCCGAGGCCCAAGAGCCCGAGGAGGGUACCCGAGGUGGCGAUCAGCCCCGUCACGCCUGAACAGAAAGCUAGCAACUGCGGUAGAGGCUUUGUGAAGAUCGAGCCGAGAUCACCGAGGGUAGCAGCUGCCAACAAGUCGCCGAGGAGAAACGGUGGCUGGCUCUGAAGGGAGGGCUGGUAACUUGCGUAUCGACUGAUGGUGAAAGGCUGGCGUCCGAGCUUGGGCGUGUUUUGCGGAAGUGUACAUGACUGCACUCGAAGGUGCCAUUGCUGUUGAUUUUUUCAUUGUUUUUUUAUUUUAUAGAAAAUUAUUGUUGAUUAAUGAGAUAGUUACACAGUCGUUGAAUUUACGAAAGAAUCAUCGACGAUGUUUUUAGAGAACGUAGAAAUGAGACGUGAAAGCAGAGGCAGAGAUUUUUAACGCUGAUAGUAAUAUCAUUGUAUAUAGCUUAUUAUCUAAGUAAAUCGUUUGGGACUUUUGCCAUGUAUUGAUUUUGUUUACAAGAAGUUUUUGAAUAAAAACUUGUGUAUUAUGUAUAUAUA